UCCCCCGCCCGCCCUCUCGCCAAGAUGGCGGCGCCGGCGGCGGGUUUCUGAGGGAAGCUGUUGCUGGCAGGGAGGAAGCGAAGUCCUGGCGAGCGCCGGGAAAGAAAGAGGAGACGCCUCGGCCCCGAGUCCCUCUCACUGCCUGGCCCUCACCUCCUCGGCCCUCCAGAAGGAUGGUAAAAUGACCCAAGCGGGGAAGAAGAAGAAAAGGGCUGCUAACCGCAGCAUCCUGCUGGCCAAGAAAAUCAUCAUUAAGGACGGCGGCACGCCUCAAGGAAUAGGUUCACCUAGUGUCUACCAUGCUGUGAUAGUUAUAUUUCUGGAGUUUUUUGCUUGGGGACUCUUGACAGCACCUACCCUAGUGGUGUUGCAUGAAACCUUCCCAAAGCAUACAUUUUUAAUGAAUGGACUAAUCCAAGGAGUAAAGGGCCUACUGUCUUUCCUAAGUGCUCCUCUAAUUGGGGCUCUGUCUGAUGUUUGGGGCCGAAAAUCCUUCCUGCUGCUAACAGUAUUUUUUACAUGUGCACCAAUUCCACUAAUGAAGAUCAGCCCAUGGUGGUACUUUGCUGUUAUCUCUGUCUCUGGAGUUUUUGCAGUUACCUUUUCAGUGGUGUUUGCUUAUGUAGCAGAUAUAACCCAAGAACAUGAAAGAAGUAUGGCUUAUGGCUUGGUUUCAGCAACUUUUGCUGCAAGUUUGGUUACCAGCCCUGCCAUUGGUGCCUACCUGGGUCGAGUGUAUGGCGACAGUUUGGUGGUGGUCCUAGCUACAGCUAUUGCAUUGCUGGAUAUUUGUUUUAUCCUUGUUGCCGUACCAGAGUCAUUGCCAGAAAAGAUGAGGCCUGCAUCAUGGGGAGCACCGAUUUCUUGGGAACAAGCUGACCCAUUUGCGUCUUUAAAGAAAGUUGGUCAAGAUUCCAUAGUGCUGCUGAUCUGCAUAACAGUCUUUCUUUCAUACCUCCCUGAGGCAGGCCAAUAUUCCAGCUUCUUCUUGUACCUCAGACAAAUAAUGAGAUUCUCACCAGAAAGUGUUGCUGCAUUUAUAGCAGUUCUUGGGAUUCUUUCCAUUGUCGCACAGACAAUAGUUUUGAGUUUACUUAUGAGGUCAAUUGGAAAUAAAAAUACCAUCCUGCUGGGUCUGGGAUUUCAAAUACUGCAGCUUGCGUGGUAUGGUUUUGGCUCAGAACCAUGGAUGAUGUGGGCAGCAGGGGCUGUUGCAGCCAUGUCUAGCAUCACAUUUCCUGCUGUUAGUGCACUUGUUUCACGGACUGCUGAUGCUGAUCAACAGGGCGUUGUUCAAGGAAUGAUAACAGGAAUUAGAGGACUGUGUAAUGGCUUGGGACCAGCACUUUAUGGAUUUAUAUUCUACAUUUUCCAUGUGGAAUUGAAUGAACUUCCAGUGACUCAGAAUGACUUAGGACCCACACAACACCAUUCACAGCAGAACUCCAUCAUUCCUGGUCCCCCGUUCUUAUUUGGAGCGUGCUCUGUAUUACUAGCUUUGCUUGUUGCCUUGUUUAUUCCUGAACACACCAACUUAAAUGUUCGAUCUAGCAACUGGAAAAAACACUGUGGUGGGCAUGGCCAUCCACAUAGUCCACAAGCCCCUGGGGAGGCCAAAGAACCUUUAUUACAAGACACAAAUGUAUGACAACAGAACUCAAGGACUCCUAGAGCGAGUUUCUUAUUUUUAUUCUUUUUCAUCUGCAGUUGUGGAUGCACAUUCCGUUUCCAUUGAAAGUGUCAUUUCUUAAGGUGGACUUAAGAAAUUUAUCUCUUUGCAUGAAAACAGUAAGAACCACAAACAGGAAGAAACUCCAAAGAAGUUACAACUUAUUUCAUUUUUUAAAAACACCUCUGUUUAGGAUUUUUGCCAUAAAGUCCUAUUGGAAUAUUAAAUCUUUAUAUCUUAAUUUUGAAACAAAAUUAUAUAUAUUCAAGGUAUCAGCAUGUGUUCCUGCAUCAGUUUUCUGAAGGUGUUAUGCUUUAUUCUCUUCAUGCUGGUCUCAGUGAGACACAUAUUGGCAGGAUUAAGGUACCCAUUUAUUUUAUCUAUAAAAUCUUGGGUCACAUGAAUUCAAAGCCUUAACAUAGAUGCACUUGACCAAGACAGUGAAUUAGGUGGACCUUGGACUUUCAAAUCAGUGUCUGGCAGGUCUUUUAAAAAUAACUAACACAAUCAUGUGUUGAAAACACAUCCUGAGCAGUACACACUCCUUUAAGUGCAUUAUUCUGCUAAUCUUUAUUCUAUGAAUUAAGUAUAGUAUCAAGAUGUAGUACUUAAAUUAGUGGGUAGUGUGAGCCUAGAUUUUGUUACUGGCUCCUGAAGUCUACCUUCCUGAAUACAAUUUGAUACCACUAUGCUUUGGAUGUUUUACAUAAGGACCUCAAAACUUGAAUAUACAAACUCUAAGCUGAUAACCUUGAAGAUGUCAGUGUGCUCUAUGCUGGAUUGCCUCUUCUAUUACUUGACAGGGUCAGAGGGUAUUGAGUAUGGCUAAGGACAGAUUUGCCUACUCCCAUUUUUGAGUGAAGUCUUGUAGGGUAAGAGAUGAUUGGUAGAGUCUUUUGACUAGUAAUUGAAGUGGCAAUCUUUACUCUAUAGUGGCCUUCCAGGACUGUCACAAGUAACACUUCAAAGCCAAGGGUUAGUCCUGCAGUGUCAGGACCACAGUAUAGGAGAGAGCUUUAUACAAUUACUGAUGUGAAUUUCUCUAAAAGUGUAUAUUUUUGUGUCCAGUUGUAUUAUUUAAGUGUUCCUUUGUAUAAAAUGUGUAUAAAGUAUUGUAUAGUUCAAAA